GUCAAUUUUCGGUUCCUCACCUGUCAUCAACAGCUGUGGAACGCAAUUGUUCCAAAAGGAAAAUGUUUAAACGAUGGAAUAAAUUUAAAUUCCGUUUCUCUUCACCUGCGAAUUCUAUGUGAAUUUAUUCACUUUUCAUUGGAAAAGAAUUGUAAAUGAUAAUUUAUUUGCUUACCCUGGGAAUUCGACGCCCUUAUUGAGUUUGUCCCCAGUAAAAUGUCCAAUUUGGAAUCCGGUGUGGGAUGCGUCAGCGAAGUGACCCUAGCGAUAAGUAAAGCGAGGGGAUCUCAGCAAGGAAUGGUUCACACUCUCGACAGUCCUGACUCCGAUGGAUCGGGCCACUCCAACUCAUUCACCGUUCGUCGUUUUAAUUACCCCACAGAUGGGAACUCUAAUUGUGGAACGGCGAUUCUUGAAAUUCCACCCUCCACCAAUGAAUUAAGGAUACCGAUAGUCGGAUAUGAAGUUAUGGAAGAGAGAGCCAGAUUUACAGUCUACAAGCUUCGGGUCGAACUGAAAACUGGUGACUGUUGGUUCGUAUUCAGGCGAUACACUGAUUUUGUACGACUACUGGCACAGUUGCGGAGACAAAAAGCUUCAAUUUCUCACUUGUCGUUGCCUAGAAAGAAGUGGCUAGGCGAUAACUUUGCUCCGAGCUUUCUCGAAGAGAGAAUACACGGUCUGCAGGCAUUUGUUAAUGGCAUUCUAAACACACCUGAGCUCGUCUCAACUUCUUGCGUGCGAGAAUUCUUCUGUUUGGAUGAACCUCCAACGCUCUCCGAUACUGUUGAGGAAUCGAGAGCAAUAUUCGAAGCGCUAGAAGAUACCAUUUAUCAUUUGCGGCAGCAGUUAAGAGAAAGAGAAGAUGCUCUUACAGCUGAGACGAAUCUCUGCAAUGAAUUAAAGAAAAAACUGCACCAGAUAUUGAGCGAGGAGCGAAUGUGUCCAAAGUGCGGAACUAGAAUUUAACAGCAGAUCACUUCCUGUUUCACGGGAAUACAAUUUCCUCGUGCACUGGAAAGUGAAGGAAUUAUAAUCAUAUACAUUUAUGCGUGUACAUCGCUUAAGUCUGAGAUAUUUUAAGCACACAGUGUUCGCACGAGGCUAUGUACAUCUUUUAAUUACCAAGGCGAAGGAACUGUAAGGCAAACAGGAACUAUUGCAUGUUGCUAACUCUAACCUCAGUGUUCUAUUUAUUAAAGUUUGUGUGUAAACAUCUUUGACAUAAGCAUUUUAGGUAUUACAUACAAUGAUAUACAUAACAUGACGAUCAUUCCGCAAGCACUCGUGUUAAACAUAUUCAAUCCAAUUUCGGGACUAUUAUUGAAUUAAAUACAGAGAAUAAGUCAAAGACAGUGCGAAGCACAAGGAACAAUGAGACUGUAAUUUCUUAAGAUUUGGAAACUCUCUCGGAGUCUGCUUAUAAGAAUUUUAAACAAGGCGAAUAAGCCUGACGCUGCAGUGUGUACAUAUUCAGGACAUUUUUUCCUCUGCAAAAAAGCACACUGGAUUGUUUUAGAUGUAUUGUACAAACCGUUUGAAAGGGCUUGUGUUUAUUUCCCAUAUAUAUUAAACAUAACAAUGCACGCCGGAUUGUUCAAGAUAUAUUGUACAAACGAUUUUGAAAUGUUUGCGUCCCUCAUAAUUCUAUAUUAACUGAGACGACGAGUUCUGAACUGUUUAAAAUACAUUGUACAAACAGUUCAGAUAGGUUUACAUUCAUUGUGAAUGUUAUAUUUUACAUACAAAGAUGCACAUUGAAUUGUUUGAAAUAUAUUACAUAAAUACGUUGAA